AUGAGUCUCAUACCCAAACCUUUAAUAAGUUUUAACUUUUUGGUUAAUGAUAUGCACAUGAUGGGAAUCGUCAAGCACUCAUCACAAUUGGUUCUGAAGUUUAUUGAUUCUCUUGGGAAGAGCUGGGAACAUCACGAUGAUGUUCUUAAGAAUAGUGAGAAGAGCGACUCCAUGGAUCUGAAUUCUUUGUUUGGUAAUCUGCGAAAUUAUGAAGAGACCAAAUCUCUUUGUAAAGAAAUCGUGAAGGAAUCAAGCAAGGAAAAUUCAGUUGCAAUGGUGUCUCGAAAGGAAACAAGGAAGACCAUCAUCGACUCAGACAAUUCGGAUUAG